AUGGGUGACAUCGGACAGUUUUUCGGCUCGACGAGCAAAGGGUCGCUCACGCUUGCCGUCGAGAACCCAUACUACAUGGCAGGCGACGUCAUUGUCGGCGCCCUUUGCGUGGUGCUUGCAGAGCCGUUGCAGUGCACAGAAAUUGCCAUUCUUAUCGUUGGCGAAGAAAACGUCGAGUGGCGAAAUCUCCAGCAGGACACGGAUCAUCGGGCCUACUACAACGAGUACAACAAGUUCUUUCAGCGCCGGCUUGUUUUGGACAAUUCGACGCACGAGCUUUCGCCAGGGCAGUACACAUUUCCAUUCCAGUACCCGCUGCCGUCCAAUCUUCCGGGGUCCUACGACAAUGGCAGCCAUGGCGCCACGGCAACCAUCGCGUACUCGCUGCAAGGCAUCGUCUCGACGGCCGGUGCCUUUGCGCGGGAUCUCAAACAUACGUACGCGGUCCGCGUCUACCGUCCGUUUGUCGGACCCAUUGGUCCCGCGAUGGCUGAGACGACCAAGACCGUGCGCACGCUGGGGCUCUUCCGCAAGGGCACCUGCCAUGUCCGCGUCGUCGUCCACAACAAUGCGUCGUUUCUUGGCGACUCGGUCAUGAUCGAAACGAGUGUGACCAACACAUCGGCGUCAACGCCCAUCAAGUACGUGUCUUGCAAGCUCGUGCGCUCGGUGACACUUCGCGCAUGCGGUCGGGAGCACGUGGAUUGCGAAGUCUUCUCCAACACAAAGAUGUCGGGCGUUAACGCCAGCGACCAAGCGUCGUUCGUGCAGACGAUCCGACUCGCGAGUAGUUCGUUGUGGCCGACAACGGAAGGCGACCACCUCUCGUGCCGGUACUUUAUUGAACUCAAGUGCUCCCUUCCGUGGUGCCCCGAUGCCCAUCUGAGGAUCCCACUGACCCUCGUCGCCGGCCCGCUCACCCGUUAG